UUUUGUCCUGUCGACGUGUCGCGUUAUUUCAAGAUGGCGUCGUCUCCAGCAAUGUUCGCCGGCUUAUUAUUAGCAUCGUGUAUUGCCUUAUCUUGUGGCUUAGACAAGAAAACACUUGUUCUGCUCGACAAUUGGUCACUUAGGGAAACGCAUUCAAUUUUCUUCAAAUCGCUCAGAGAUGAUGGAUAUGACUUGACAUUCAAGAGUGCUGAUGAUUCUGGCCUGUCUUUGUCAAAAUAUGGAGAAUUCCUGUACUCCAACUUGAUUAUCUUCGCUCCAUCAGUUGAAGAGUUUGGUGGCAAUCUGGGAGUGUCUUCCAUCACAAACUUCAUUGACAAUGGUGGCAACGUGAUUGUGGCUGCCAGCUCCUCUGUGGGGGACCCGCUGAGGGAGCUUGCAACUGAGUGUGGGCUGGAGUUUGAUGAGGAAAACACAGCCGUCAUUGACCAUCUGAACUUUGAUGUGUCCGAUGAAGGCAGGCACACGACCAUUGUGGCCGACUCAGAGUUCCUGCUGGAUGCUCCCAUAAUUGUUGGCAAGAAAUCUGCUGCACCAUAUCUCUUCAAGGGAGUGGGCAUGGUGGCUGACCCAGACAACCCACUAGUGUUGCCCCUGCUCCACGCCUCCUCUAGUGCCUACAGCUACCAGCCGGAUGCCGCCAUAGACGACUACCCGCUAGCCAUCGGCACCAACACCCUUCUUGUGGCCGCCCUCCAAGCAAGGAACAAUGCAAGGGUGGUCUUCGUCGGCUCCAUUGACUUCUUCAGCGACCAGUUCUUCAGCUCUUCUGUGCAGAAGGCCAAUGGCGGGAAGAAAUAUGAGAAGUCUGGCAACCAAGAGCUAGCCCUCAACCUUGCCAACUGGGCCUUCAAGACUCGUGGUGUGCUCCGAGUGGGCGAUGUGAAACACCACAAGCAGGGAGAGAAAGAGCCCCCACAGGCCUACACAAUAUUUGACAUGGUGGACUAUUCCAUUGAGAUUGAGGAGUACAAGGAUGGCAAAUGGCAGCCAUUCAAUGGCAAGGACAUUCAGCUGGAGUUCGUAAGGAUCGACCCAUUCGUGCGCACCACCCUGGGCAACAAGAAUGGCCUCUUCCAUACCACAUUCAAGCUGCCGGACGUGUAUGGAGUGUACCAGUUCCGGGUGGACUACAACCGGAUGGGAUACACUCACUUGUUCAGCACCACACAGGUGUCAGUGCGGCCCCUGCAGCAUACGCAGUAUGAGAGGUUCAUACCCACGGCCUACCCUUACUAUGUGAGCGCAUUCUCUAUGAUGGUCGGCGUGUGCCUGUUCAGCGUUGUCUUCUUGCAUUUCAAGGAAGAAAACAAGGAGAAAAAAGAAUAACACACAAUGAAAUAGAUGUUUACCUAUUUAAAUGAGUUUAAUUGUUUUCCAAUUCAAAUUAGUUUAAUUGUUUUCCAAUUUAACUGAUGUUGUUUACACUUUGAAUUAAAAAGGAUAAAGUCAACAAGAUAUAUUAAGCAAAUUUUAAGUUUUCACAGUGAAGAGAAUGUUUUCCAAUUUAUGUGUGAUUGUUGUGUUGCAAAAAAACAUUCAGAAAUACAUCAUUAUUUCCCACUUCUAUGAAGCACUAACUUGUUUAAUCUAUGCUAUGUUAGGAUGUUAUAAUUUAAUCCAUCUCUUGUGAAUACAUGAACUAUUAUGAAUCAUUGAAUGAGAGUUUUUUUAUAAGCAAUUGGUAUUGUCUGAAACCACCAUUAAAAAUAAAAUAUACAAAAUAUCA